UCCGGUGUCUGACGGGGCCAGUGGUUUUCGCUCCCGGGCUUCCAAGGCCAGUAAGCCCGGAGCAGGCGGAGUCGGGGGCGGGGCCGUGGCAGGAAGAGACCGGAGGGAGCCGCGGAGCCCAGCCGGGAGGCCAUCCCGUCGCUCGGGCUUCGGUGAGCAGUUGUGGGCCGGGCCGAGCCGAGCCGAGCCGAGCCGGACCAGGCCACCGAGCCGGAAGGGUCGGGAAGGAGGCCGCCUGCCUUCGGACCCCUGACCUCCAACCACCCUCGACUGCCGGACAGCCUGUCGGGUUGAGAGCAUUGCAGCCCGCAGCCCUAUUCCCAGACUCUCGGGGGUACCAUGGCCUCUCGUCUUCUGCAUCGCCUGCGGCACGCCCUGGCCCUAACCGGAGAGGGCCCGGGAGAGGUGGUCCCUGGCCCGGAGGCCGAGGAAUUCCCGGAGAGUUCGGAGCUCGAGGAGGAUGAUACAGAGGGUUUAUCCACUCGCCUCAGUGGCACCUUGAGCUUCACCAGUACCGAAGAUGAUGAGGACGAGGAGGAAGAAGAAGAAAACGCAGAUCCUCUAGGAUCAGGGGCCGCCCUGGGUCGAAGACUUAAGAAUCCUGGAGAGGAUGGCGCUGGGGAGGACGGAGAUCGGAAUCCCUCAUCAGAUGGUCCCCGGAGCAGUAACCUCUUGACACGGCAACUACAGGACUUCUGGAAAAAGUCAAAAAGUAACCUGGUACCCCAGAGGCUGCACUUUGAAGUGACCAGUGCCAAUGUCAUCAAUGAGCCACCCUCCAAGUACGUGCUCUACACCAUCGCCUUGAUAGGCCCUGGGCCACAGGAACACACGCCAGCUCAGAUUUCUCGGCGCUACUCUGACUUUGAACGACUACACCGGCAACUUCGGCAGCAGUUUCGUGGUCCUAUGGCUGCAGUUUCUUUUCCCCGAAAACGCCUACGGAGGAAUUUUACUGCUGAGACUAUUGCUCGGCGUAGCCGGGCCUUUGAACAAUUUCUGGGGCACCUUCAGGCUGUGCCUGAGCUUCGUCAGGCACCUGACCUCCAGGACUUCUUCAUUCUACCUGAGCUUCGACAGGCACAAAGACUUACCUGCACUGGUCUCUACCAGGAGGCCUUGAGGCUCUGGACUAAUGCCUGGCGCCUACAGAUCCAACUGGGCACUACAGUAGAUACCCAUCGGACACUGCUGACUCUGGUAGGCUUGGCUGUGUGCCACCAAGAGCUGGAACAACCCAGCGAAGCGAGGCUGAGCUGUGAGCAGGCUUUGCAGAUGCUGGGGACUAGUGAUUCUCAUCCCCUGCUGGGACCUUUUCUUGAGGCUCAUGUUCGCCUCUCCUGGAGGCUUGGCAUUGACAAGCGCCAGUCAGAGGCCCAGCUCCAGGCCCUACAAGAAGCUGGUCUCACCCCUACUCCACCCCCCAGCCUCAAGGAACUGCUUAUCAGGGAGGCCCUGGACUAAAAGAGCUUUCCAUCUUGACAGGGAUGUUGGUGGGAGAAGCUAGGAGAACAAGGGCUGACAGGAAUCCAAUAAAGGGUGGUAGGAACUAGAAAGAUAGAAUUCAGAAGAGAUUUUAGAGAUUCCCUAGAAUAACCUCUCUGGAUCUUCUUGCUUCUCUCUAAAAUGGUCAUAUAACUUGCCCAUGCUCACAGCAAUAGCAGAUCUUGAGACCCUCAUUUCUUUUCUGGCCCUUUCCCCAUUUUGCUGUGCCCUUGACCAGCCUUGCCUGCAGGUGGCAGUAAUGGAAAGCAAGUAAAGUAGCAAAUCUAGCCUGUUUCUCUAGCUGCAAUGGGCUCCUCCCCAGGUGAAGUUCAUAUCUCUGUUCCAUCCUUUCCCAUAUGACUGAGGGACAGUCUCCUCAAAAGGCCAAGAGUAGUGGAGCAAUUGUUCUAGCCCAGGGGAAUAAAAAAGCUGAAACCUCCAAAUGGUACCUAUCUUUAUUAUGAGCAAAGAAUGGAAGGGGCACAGCCCCUGCCCACAGUUGGUAGAACAGAAUACAGGGAUGGAUUCAAGAAAUCUAGGGGCAGCUUCUUUCUACAGCUUACUCUCCAGCUCCUGCUUCAGCCGGAUUACACCCUCCUGGGCACAUGUUACAGCCAGGACUCCAUCUCGUCGCCACAGACGCCCAUGAACCAGUCCUCGAGAGCCACCUGUGGGUUUCGCAAGGAAAGUGAGCACCUGGCUUGUAUAGCCUUUCAAAA